CAAGUUUUAACAAUACAAAAAUAUAUAUAUCUAAAACAUUUAGAAAGAAAGAAACAAAAAAAAUGAAAAAUAUUUCAAUCUUUCUAUUUGUUUUUACACUUUGCAUGAUCGAGAAUGCAUAUGGUGCCAAUUUAUUGAAAGGGGAUAAGACAACACUAUAUUUCAGGAACGCCCUUAGUUACAAGAAAUGGCUCAAGGUACAUUGUAAAUCAGGGAACGACGAUAUGGGUGUCCACUAUCUGAAACCGGGUGGAAUCGAUUACACAUUCAGUGUCCACGACAACGUUUUCGGGGGUACGCUUAUCUGGUGUACCCUGAGCAAAGGACCUGAUUAUAAGGUCUCUUCUAGGUUUGACGCCUAUAAACAGAACAAGGAUAAGCCUCACGGAAAGUCAUAUAACUAUCUUGCUAAAGAUGAUGGCAUCUACCACAGUAAUCUUGUGGAAUUUAAACUUCACAAGAAGUUUGACUGGAAAUAGAGAUCACAAACUAAAUCUCCCGUGUUAUCAGAUGUUUUCAAUAUAUGUACUUAUAUAUUAACACCAUUUAUUUGUUAUACUUGUAAAAACCAGUGAUAUAGCUUGUGAAUAUAUCAAGGAUAUACUUGUAAAAAUUGUUCUUAUUUGUUUCACUGUAUUUAAAAUUUAUAAAUUAAACUUUG